CUCAAAUACAGAUACUACAAAUGCAGAUACUAAACGCAUUAAAGACAUGAGGGUGUACGUCAAGCUCCAGCUUAGGACAAAAACAUUUGCUGCCCCCUGUCCCUACCACCAGCUCCUCUUAUACAACAUUUUUAAACAUGCCAUCUUAUUGCCAGCAUAUUAUAAUUUUGAAAGAGCUGUUAUGUCACUGGAAAAUAGGUCACACUAGGGUAAAACCUACAGCAAAUUAUCAAAUGAUAAUUUUCUUUAAGAUACUACAGUACAAUCCAAUAAAUACGUGGGUAGAUAGAUUGAAGUGACCUAUAUAUUGAGUGUUUACAUGUUCUACAGUACAAACCAAUUAUCUUCACCAAUUACAUGUAAUCUGUUAGUCUAACUUGGAAAGGAGAUUGUAAUAUCAAUGUGACAAUUUAUUCUGUGGCGCUUUGGCACCUCUGUCAUUGCUGUGAAACCCCAGGGUUCACCUCCUGGGCAAGAUCGAAUCCCGGUUAGGGUGGUUGGUACCUUCCAGUGGACUCACCACCCACAGGAAAGUUCAGGGAGGUUGGUACAGUGCAGUGUGAUUUGAGUCGUGGUUGUGGAGACUGCUGCCCCCGCGACCCUGUAACGGAUAAGUGGAUGAAAAUGGAUGGAUGGAUGGAUAAUUUAUUCUCCUAGUAAAGAAAAAAAGAGCCCAUUGUUAAAAGUGGACAUAGUAAAAGGAAUAUCAUUCGUCCAUUUCCAUAUAAGAGUUUCUUAAAAGACUCGACAGAAACCUUGAGCGUCACACAGUUGCCAACUCACACCUCCUCCCCCAUCAUGAUGCUCUGUAUCAUCUGGAGCUCAUUGAUGGACAUGGUCAUGGUCUGUGACUUCUCUGACGGCAAUUCGACAGUCGGGAAUCUUUCUACAAAGAAAAACAGAUAAUGAUCCUGUCUUCGUGAUAAAAUAAGUUUUAGCCACGUGAAGUCACGGGUGUGCAGGUCUUUGUGAGAUAAUAGGGUUAUCACUAUAACUAAUGAGUCGAUGAUGACCAACGGGAGGCAGAAAGAAUUGUUUGCAUGGUGUGACCUCGGCAUGGCUGUUGGAUGUUGAGUCUCGUGCGAUUGACACAAAUGACUGAGACCGGCUGUUUUGACGUAUGCGGUAGCUUUACUAAUGUGGGAGCAGAGCGCACGAGGUUAUCGGUGUAGGCUUUAUAAACACAGAGAGGAGACAGAGGGCAUAGGUGUCAACUCAGACCUACUGCAACAGAGUCUCAGCCUCUUCUCUGCCAGAAAACCCUCCGUCGUCAACACGCAAUCCAAGAUGAACGGCCACUGCAACGAGUCCGUGGAGAGACCAAGCUCCGUCGUGGUCUACAGCAAACACGAGACGUCCCGCAAAGAAGCCGAAGACAAGACCCACUUACCUGCGCUGGAAGCCGCGUACACCAACAUUCUCCGGGAACUGGGAGAGGACACAGCCCGUCAAGGGCUGCUGAAGACCCCUAAAAGAGCCGCCAAGGCCAUGCAGUUCUUGACCAAGGGCUACCAUGAGACCGUGGAAGACAUCUUAAACAAUGCCAUAUUUGAUGAGGACCAUGAAGAGAUGGUGAUUGUGAAGGACAUUGACAUGUUUUCACUGUGUGAACAUCAUCUGGUGCCCUUCUUUGGAAAGGUCAGCAUUGGGUAUAUACCAAACAAAAAAGUGGUGGGACUGAGCGAGAGGGCAAGGAUAGUGGAGAUUUUCAGUCGACGGCUUCAGGUUCAAGAGCGACUCACUAAGCAGAUUGCCACAGCAGUAUUUGAGGCUCUGCAGCCGAAAGGUGUAGCUGUUGUCAUUGAGGCAGCGCACAUGUGCAUGGUCAUGCGUGGUGUCCAGAAGAUGAACAGCCGCACAGUAACAAGCACCAUGAUGGGAACGUACCUGGAGGACCACAGGACCAGAGAGGAGUUCCUGCAACUUAUACAGCACAACUAAGCACUGUGCCGAACGACAGCUGCUCUGCCCAUAUACAUUACUGUAUAUGUAUAAAUAUAUAUAUAUAUAUAUAUUUAACAAUAGAAAGCUACAUUGAGUGCAGUACAUGUUUACUGUUAUUGUAAACCACAACAUAAUCUUUGCUUGAAUAAAAUGAUUUUUUUAAACUGCAAGUGUCAGAGUGUAGCUUCUGUUUUAAGCAAAAAAACAAUGACUUUUUUCUGGAGUGUAGUAGAAACUGUAAUUUAGUUAAACAAAAAAAUAGGACACCCAAAAAAUACCAAAGUUCAAAAUUGAAUUGUAUAAAUAAUAAUGACUUCUGUACUCUCUUCUGUACUUCUGUAAUUCACAAUUUGAAGAGAGCUUCAAAGACUUUCUGCAGAAUUUAAGUGUGUUUUGUGUCAGCCAGACAGUAACUAACAGUUACUGGCCAUUACUUUCAAUGCUUUUGUAAAAAUUAAAAACAGGCCACAUUACACCAAUAUGACCAACAUUUAUAUAGAGCAGUUCAGACUUGUAAAUAAUAUUCCUGACAAACCAGGUUUUUACAUUAGAUGCUUUAUUUGAAUUUUAAACCAUUUACAAACAACAUAUUACAGAAGAAGUCAACAUUUUCAAAAGCAAAAAAAUCUGAUAUGUACAAAAUACUAGAGGUCUCAGCUCUAAGAACUAAUGAGUGAUGGUGGUUUGAAAAACAACAUUACCCUGUUUCAGUUUCUCUAAGGUCAAUAUAUAACAUUCUACACCAGCUGUAUGCAAACACCAGUGGAGUUGGAUUAGGGAUAAAUAAAGUCACAGAUGACCAAAAAGAAUGGUAAAUUACACAAUGCACA